UCUAGGUUUGGCUACGAAGGUGUUACGUGACUUUACGCGUUUUUUCCAGUUCAACGAGGAUUUUAAAUAUUAUUGUCGAUAAAUUCUGUGUCAUAUGUUAUUCGGUGUUGAAACCGGUACACCCAAUUAGUUGUGUAUAUGUAAUUUGUGUGUUUUGAACUAACAAAGGACAGAAGAAAAAAAAACGGAAAAAAAAUUCAAAUUUAAAUAAAAUAAGCCGAGGAGAGUUCAAAUUCAGUGUCAAGUUAGGUUGAUGAGGAUUCGGGACAUAUUAAUAAGAUUAAAUGAGAAUUUAAUUCAAUUUUCCUGUUAAAUUUGGUGGUAAUGAAUUUAUUGCUCGGUUUAUUGGUUCAUUGAUAAGCUCCCAGCUGUAAAACCAUUCGAACAAAACAUCCAGCAAAGUCAAACUCCUCUGCGAAUAGAUAAAACCUCAAAUCACAUUAACGGAAUGACGUCGCUAAUUAAUAUGAAGUGUAUUUUGAGUGGAAAGGAUUCACGUUGGUUGCAAUUGGACGUGUGCCGGGAAUUUCAGAGAAAUAAAUGUUCAAGAACGGACACGGAAUGCAGAUUUUCACAUCCACCACCGAAUGUUGAAGUUCAAAACGGACGGGUUAUAUGCUGCUACGAUAGCAUCAAGGGACGAUGCAAUCGAGAAAAACCGCCAUGCAAAUAUUUCCAUCCGCCGCAACAUUUGAAAGAUCAAUUGCUGAUAAAUGGCCGUAAUAAUCUGGCAUUUAAAAAUGCUUUAUUACAGCAAGUUGGUAUAACCACAACGACUGGACCACCUGUUGUACGCAGCCAAGUUCCAGCCGUGGCAACGAAUCAUUACGUGAAUAGUAUACCAACCAGCUCUUAUUCUCCAUAUUUUGGACAUGGUAAUUUAGUACCUGCAUUAAUUGGACCAGAUCAAUCGGCAUCUGUGUCGCCAAUCGGACACACAGUACCUCAAAGUGUACAAAUGACACAUCAAAAAAUUUAUAGACCUGCUGAACGAUUAGAGAUGGAAAUGAAAUCUGUUGGCACCAUUUAUUAUGACAAUAACUUUCAGGCUUAUGCUCGUAUGAGCAUACCGUAUGAAAGACAGGUUCCCGAAAAAUCUAAUCUUAUGGUCUAUCAUCAUCCACAUAACACAAACUAUCAGCAAAUGAUUCACGUGCAACAGCCGUAUGUGACCGGGGUCAUGAUGAACCAUGGCCAACCAAUGGCACCGAUAAUUUUCACGUGAAUUAAUUGGAAAUAAUAAACUAAAAAAGAACAAAUCAAAAAUGAAAGUUGUAAAAAAGAUGUAAGAAACUUUGGAAUGUGGUAAAUUUGAGCGUUGUGGCUCGAGAAAAAUUAACAAAUUUAAACAUUUUGAAUGGAAUCGAAGAUCAAUAUAUUUGUUGGAUGAUGGAUGCGAACUGCCGCGGAAACAGGUACUAUUAACUUGUUACACAAAAUAAACAUUGUUGCUCGUUCUAAACGACCUAAUUUAUCAGGCUGAAGAGUAAGCUACGUUAUUGAGAAACGGUACAAGUGAUUGGUAAAAUGUUGUUGGCAACCCUUUUGUACAGCACAAAACUAAUGUAACAUAAAAUGUAAAAAUAAAAAAAAAAUAAAAAUUGAAAUAAAAAAUU